ACUCCCUCGUCCCUCUCCUGUUCCCCUGCGACGACGUCUCCGGGCCACUACCCGCCACGCUGCGAAGCCCACAGUAGCAUUUGCUCACCUUUGCCCACCUCUCCCCAACCACCCCACGUCCUCCUUACACCCGAAAAGCGCGUUUGUUUGACGGUCAUCGUCAAAUGAACCUGCACCGUCGCGUAGGGAUCUCGAGAAUAGUACGUACAUGGUAAUUUCGUCCGUCGGCAUCCACUCCCCACCCGCACUAGUUGCGCACCGCAACCGUAAUUCUGCUGCCUAAACA